AAAAAGGUUCUAAAAGAAAUAAUCUAAUUUGAUAAUUUUGAGAGGGAGUGAAAGAGCAGAUGGCUAGAAAGGAAUGAGUUCAAAUGGGAAUUUGCCAUAGUGAACUUCCAAACUCCAAAAGCAAAGAAGUAAUUCCAACUAAACCCACAUUUCAAAAGUUUGGUCAUGUUUGGCCUCCUUCUCAGCAUCUUCCUUCUGGUCUCCGCCACCUCCGCCGCCGCCACCCAAGCAGAUCUAUCCGGUAACGGCGGCGGCCACCCAACCACCGUCUUCCUUCUCGCCGGGCAGAGCAACAUGGCCGGCCGCGGCGGCGUCCUCCACGGCGUCUGGGACGGCCACGUCCCCCCUGAAUGCCAGCCCAGCCCAUCGAUUCUCAGGCUCAACACGGCCAAUGUCUGGGAGCCGGCCCGAGAACCCCUCCACUCCGGCGUAGACCUGAACCGGACGGUCGGAAUCGGGCCCGGAAUGUCAUUCGCCCACGCCGUACUGAGGAAGGACCCGAGCGUCGGGGUGAUUGGGUUGGUCCCCUGCGCCGUCGGUGGGACGAACAUAAGGAAGUGGGCCCGCGGAGGGUUCCUCUACUCCCGGUUGAUUCACAGAAGCGCGGCGGCGGCGCGUGGGGGAGCGAGGAUUCGGGGUCUUCUUUGGUAUCAGGGGGAGAGUGACACAGUGAAUCUUGAGGAGGCCAGGGAGUACAGAGAUAGACUGAGGAACUUCUUCAUUGACGUCCGUAGUGAUCUUCAGUUACCAGCUCUUCCCAUCAUUCAGGUGGCUUUGGCUACAAAGCAAGGACCCUUUAUAGAGACAGUAAGAAAGGCGCAGCUGGGAGUGGAUCUUCCUCAUGUGAAAACCGUGGACGCCAAAGGGCUAGAUGUUGGGUACGACCACCUCCACCUCACCGCCGCCGCCGAGGUGGAGCUCGGAAAGAUGUUGGCUGAUGCUUUCCUCCACCCCGUCUCCGCCUCCAAACUAGCAGCGGCACCGCCCGCCCGCCACCGCUCCCCCUCUUCCCUCUCCCCUAUGGAGAUGAAGAACGGGAGCACGACAAUCGCGUUCUUGACGAUACUGCUCCUAGUACUGUACUUGUGGCAAACGAUAUUUCCAAGCGGGGAAAUGCUUUUGCUUUUAAAAGAAGAAAGUUCUGCGCGCGCAGAUAAGCGGCCGAAACAAAUCAUAGUAAUGGCAGGGCAAAGCAACAUGGCGGGGCGCGGUGGCGUGGAAUGGAGGAAAUUCGGCAAUGACACACUCCUCAAGGUGUGGGACGGGAGCGUCCCGCCCGAAAGCCACCCGAACCCGAACGUGUACCGGUUCAACGAGCAGUUCCAGUGGGAGCCAGCGAAAGAACCGGUCCAUGCCGGGAUCGGGUGCACGACGACGUGCGGGAUCGGGAUAGGGAUGGCGUUCGCCAACCAUCUCCUGGCUCUGGACCCGGACUUCGGGCCCAUCGGGCUGGUCCCGUGCGCCGCGGGCGGGACGUCCAUGAAGAACUGGACCACCCCGACAGAUUACCCGUACCCGUCCCUGCUUUACCGGACGCAAAUGGCGAUCAGUAAAGGCGGCAUCCUUAGAGCGGUGUUGUGGUUCCAAGGCGAGAGCGACUCGAAGUACUACAGCUUCGGGAAAUCUUACGCCCGAAACCUCCGACUACUCGUCUCGAGAUUGCGCGCCGACUUGAAGUCUCCCAUGCUUCCAUGGGUUCAGGUGGUAAUUCCGCACCAGAAACCGCCGUUUGAAGGGCCGUUGAUAGAAGACGUGAGGAAAGCCCAAAUGGGAUUGGACUUGCCAAAUGUGGUGAACGUGGACGGGGAUGGGCUCCCUAUGCAAGGGGAUGGGGUCCAUCUCACCAUUGACGGCUACGUGAAGCUCGGUUAUUUGCUGGCCGACGCCGUUUUCAAACACAAAUCCUUGUUUUUCUCAAACCUUAAUAAUGUCACCAAUUCCACUCCGUGUUCUUAGCUAAAGUUUGUUUCCAUUAUUGUGUCCCAUCCGUUUUUUUAUUUUCCACGAAGAAAAAUGGAAAAUUGGCAUUUCGAAUAUGGGCCUCUAAAAAAUAGCGAGUAUGGGCUUAUCAAAUAUUGGGCCUAUCUUGGGCUUUAC